AUGCGGCUGCGCGAGCUACUGAACCAGUACCGGGAAAUUGUGAGGGAUGCCUGGAAUGUGACGUGCACCUACAUGCAGGACGACGAGCUGCGGCUGGCCAAGGUGCUGACCCUCACCCGCCAGGACAUGUGCAACGUGCGUGCGGAGAGUGGUACGCAGAUCCAUCCCAUCGACUGGCUGAACGGCGUGCUGGCCAGCCUCAUCAUCCUCAUUCUGGGAAAGCUUGCCUACGACUAUUAUCACUACAAACUCGUCCACGUCACCGCUGCUGACAGCAAUGAGACGAGAACGACGACAGCGAUUGAGGCCACCCCGAGCACGACCAUGCGGAUGACCACCGGCUACAGUCAGAGCUGCUUCAACUGGACCUCAGUGCCAGAGGCAGCGGGGGGCAACUGUUCCAGACUGACCCGGAGCGGACUCCUCAAAUGCUACGGCGGCAUGAACAACCUGGGGUCUUUGGCGAAGCUGGGAAAGCCGUGGGUUCACGGAGUUCGCCUUCGAAUUUCCCGAAAUGUGCAUCUGGAGAACAACCGCAUCUCCAAUGUGGACGACCUGGAGAACACGCUUUGGCUGCAGAACUUCCGCCUCUUCAACCUGCGUGGCAACAACCUGAGGAAGCUGCAUGUCUACGCACUGGACAACGCGCUGAACGACAAUGAGAACGCCAAUCUGUUGCUGCUCAGCAAGAAUCCGUGGCAUUGCACCUGCAAGUUUGGGAUGCGGCUGCGCGAGCUACUGAACCAGUACCGGGAAAUUGUGAGGGAUGCCUGGAAUGUGACGUGCACCUACAUGCAGGACGACGAGCUGCGGCUGGCCAAGGUGCUGACCCUCACCCGCCAGGACAUGUGCAACGUGCGUGCGGAGAGUGGUACGCAGAUCCAUCCCAUCGACUGGCUGAACGGCGUGCUGGCCAGCCUCAUCAUCCUCAUUCUGGGAAAGCUUGCCUACGACUAUUAUCACUACAAGUAUUACAACCGUGUUCCUUGGAUAGUCAUGAAGAUGCCGUGAUAGCCUUAAAUAGACAUAGACAUGUGUAGAGAUAGAAGUAGGUGCUUGAGUCAUAGUUAUAGUUACAGAUACUUAGAAAAUGGCACC